UAUGUGUUCAGAUGUAAGAACACAAGACAUGUCCUUGAUGGCCUCCCUUGUUUUCAUCUCUGUUACAUUUGCCACUAUGAGUAAAUCAGCAGCUCCUAUAUUUCUCCUUAUAUUUGCUUUUGCAUUUAGAUUGGAGUCUCCAAGCUUUAAACUUUUCGGUAUCAUUUUUAUUAUAUCCAUUGGAAUAAUGUUAACAGUUGCGAAGGAAACUGAAUUUGAAUUUUGGGGAUUCAUUUUUGUUAUGCUUGCUGCUGUUAUGUCUGGAUUUCGUUGGACCAUGACUCAGAUUCUUCUUCAGAAAGAAGUAUAUGGUUUGAAAAAUCCACUUACCCUGAUGAGCUAUGUAACUCCAGUGAUGGCAGUGGCAACUGCUAUGCUCUCUCUGAUAAUGGAUCCUUGGGAUGAAUUCAGAACAAGCAAUUACUUCAAUAGUUCAUGGCAUAUCACUCGGAGUUGCCUUCUCAUGUUUCUUGGUGGAACUCUCGCCUUUUUUAUGGUAUUGACAGAAUACACUCUUGUUUCAGUAACUAGUGCAGCAACUGUGACAAUAGCAGGAGUUGUCAAGGAGGCUGUCACCAUCUUGGUUGCUGUCUUUUACUUCCAUGAUCAGUUCACUUGGUUGAAAGGGGCUGGCCUUAUUACAAUCCUGUUUGGCGUGAGCUUAUUCAAUUGGUACAAAUACCAAAAGCUACAAAAGGGUGAAAUAGGUAAAGAGAAUGUGGCAAGGUCAUCGACAACCAAUCCAGCUGCAAAAUAUGUUAUUCUUGAGGAGAUGGAUGAUCAAGAUGAUGGCCACCAAUCUCUCUCUCUGGGCUCUCUCUUCUCGGUGGUGCAUGAAAACAAACAAGGCAGCAUGUUUGAUUUUUUCAGAGAGAAACACACGGCCCACAGGCCUGAAGGCCACCCAAUCAUGGUUGCAAAUCACUUUGCUCAAGUUCCUAUGUUACCUUCUUGUCAAUUUAAAUUGUUCAAAAUGGUUGUUCAAAUAAGGUAUAAUUUUGCUUCCAAGUGUUCAACUGGGUUUGAGUCACUCUCUAACUAUGAAGCACAUGCACUUCAACUUAGUUGUUGUAGCCAUGUCCAACACAUGUCAAACAUGAACUGCCUGGAUACGUGA